AUGAUGUCUGGAGAGGCGUGGCUCUUUCUUCUGGCGGUGUUGCUAAACGCCGUCAACCUCUUCCUCCAGGUCUUCUUUACUAUUAUGUACAGUGACCUGGAAUGCGACUACAUCAACCCCAUCGACCUGUGCAACCGCCUCAACACCUACAUCAUCCCCGAGGCCGCUGUCCAUGGCUUUCUAACCUUCAUGUUCCUGAUCAACGGCUACUGGAUGCCCUUGAUUCUCAAUCUUCCUCUCCUUGGGUGGAACAUCAAGAAGAUCGUCGACAACACCCACCUCCUUGACGCCACCGAGAUCUUCCGCAAGCUCAAUGUUCACAAGAAGCAGGAAUCCUUCUUUAAGCUGGGCUUCCACCUCCUGAUGUUCUUCUUCUAUCUCUACAGCAUGAUUGUUGCCCUCAUCCGCGACGAGUCGUCGUAA